UCAUCCAGUUGCCGGGAUGGACGUCAGGGAGAUGAGACUUUUAGGGAGACUUGUUGCUCUCGGAUUAACAGUAGUUCUCGUGCAAUGUGCUCCACCAACUGUUUUGCUCAAUGACGUUGAGACCGUUAACGGAAAUUCCAUGGAAUUGGUGGAAUUUCAUUUAUAUACGAGAGAGAAUCCGUUCGGAGAGGAGGAAUUAUUCAUGAAUAAUACAGAGGUUCUGUAUGCAUCGCAUUUCAACGAGAGUCGUCCAACGAAAUUCAUCGUUCAUGGAUUCAGUGAUACGGGAAAUGAGGCCUGGAUCCAUGAUUUAUUGGAUGCUUACCUGAAGCACAAGAAUGUCAACGUAAUCGUCGUGGGAUGGGGUACAGCAGCGGCUGUUGCCUAUCCCACAGCAGCCAACAACACCAAAAAAAUCGGAGAUUAUCUCUCCGAUUUUCUCAUGUUUCUCAAUCGAGAGUCCAAUUUGGAGUUUAAAGACGUUCAUAUCUGCGGUCACAGUCUGGGGUCGCACGUUGCUGGCUUUGCUGGGGCUAAUUUGAAGGGUAGAGUCGGCAGAAUAACAGGCCUUGAUCCCGCAAGUCCUCUAUUCGAAACUAUUCAUGGUCUUGUCCAUCCAGACUCGAGACUAGAUCCAACUGAUGCACAAUUUGUGGACAUAAUUCACACCAGUGGUUCGGCAUUUGGAUUUCUUGCACCUAUUGGACAUGCCGAUUUCUACCCGAAUAGUGGGAAAUUUCCACAGCCAGGGUGUUCAUUUCAACCAACCACCACGUAUUGCAGUCACUCGAGAGCCCAUCAAUUCAUGACAGAGAGUAUUGGCAAUGCGAAUGGGUUCAGAGCAAGGCAUUGCGAUAAUUGGGAGAAGUACAAAGAGGAAAAAUGCAAUUACAAUCGUAUUGCCUUGAUGGGCGAGUACGCGGUCACAUCAUUGCGUGGGAAAUUUUACUUGACGACCCAUCAGUCGCCUCCAUUCGCCCUCGAGUGAAACGAAAUUCGUUAUUAUUAGAAAAAAAAAACAUUCUCAUGCUAGUCACUGUCGAAUUAUCUUCCUAUUUAUACAUCUAUUCGAUUAAUAAUUCCAACAACUACAUAUCUCUCAUUAAUUUCAAUGAUUAAAAAAAACUUUAAUAUUUCCUGUGUAAAUACAGAAUAAAUAACAUUAUUUUAUUUUCA